AUGCCCUUCGUGGCCCCGUCGCCACCCUUCCCGGCCCCUUCUCGGCUCCUCCGCCACCAGCAGCAGCCGCCGCCAGCAGCAGAUGCGGCCGCCACCAGCAGCGGCCGACAGCACCAGACGCCGCCGACAGCAGCGGCGGCCGCCACCAGCAGCAGCCGUCGCCGCCGACAGCCGCGACUGCCGCCACCACUGACAGCAGGAGCUGCCGCCGCGGUCACGGCUCAGUCCCUGCCGACGCACCUCGGCCCUGCCCCACCGCUUGCCGGCCCCUACCUACCAGCCCUGCUUUUCCUACAGUGCGAUAGGAAGGACGGUCUCUCACUGUUCGAUCUCACGUCUGGCGCCUCUGCUGCCCCUGCUGCCGAUGCUGACAGCACUGUUCGCUCACAAUGGGCCACACGCGAUGCUGCUGCCCGUCUUGCUGUGCGUAGUCACUUACCGUCCACUGAGCGCGCGCACUUUAGUCAGUACAAGAGUGCUAAGACCUUGUACGAUGCUGUAGUUGCACGCUACUCUUCCCCUGCCACUGCUGCCCUUAGCCGCCUCAUGCUGCCGUACCUGUUUCCUGACCUCGCCGCCUUUCCCACAGUCGCUGACCUCAUUACGCACCUUCGCACUAGUGACACCCGCUACCGCGCUGCACUUCCUGCUGAGGACCACUUCCUCUCUGUUUGCCCCACCACACUCACCGUUGACCUCCUCGAGGAGCGCCUCCUGGCAGCUGAGAAGAGUAUAGUCGCUGUAGGAGCCUCUCGUGGUGACCCUCGUGCCCCCUUCUUUGAGGGGUGCUCCCCCUCCCCCCUUUUGCCCUCUGUUACCUGUGCUGCUGCCGUCGACUUCGUUGGCACCGAGUCGGUCGGCGUUGCGUCUACCCCUAGCGGGAGACGCCGCACCGGCAAGGGCAAGGGGGGCAAGGGCGCUGGAGGGGCUGGCGGGGGCGGUGGAGGUGGCAGUGGAGGCAGCGGAGGGAGUGGGGGUGGCGGUGGGAGUGGUGGCGGGGGUGGGGGCUCCGGUGGCGGCGGUGGAGGCGGAGGCGGCGGCGAUGGUGGCGGUGGGAGCGGAGGAGGAGGCGGUGGCGGCGGUGGCGGAGGUGGCGGCGGCGGAGGUGGAGCUGGUCGGGGUGGCUCUGCGCAGCGGGGCGGCUUCGCUGGUGGUCAGCGCCAGCAGCAGCAGCGCACUCGUGAGACCCCGCCCCCCCAGCAGCUUCGUGAGUUGUACGCUGCGCGUCAGCGGGGUGGGGGUGCUGGUCCUUGUGCCUACAUCAUGCGUACCGGCGACGGCACUGGUGAACCGUGCGGUGGCCCGCACACCACCCAGCGCUGCUUCGGCCGCCUGACGGACGCUUGGCGUCUCCAGUUCUCUGACGCCAAUGAGAUCCCUCGCUGGGGCGAGCUGCUUAGGUCGGGGGUUGCUAUCUUUGAUCUGGAUUAUGAUGCCAUUCUUGAUGCCAUGUAUGUUGUGUCUACUAGUGAUGAGGGUGACUAUUCCCUGUGUGUUCCGCCUGACCCGGGCAUUGAGGCUGCUGCUCUAGGUGCUGGUGAGGCUGCUGCUCUAGGUGCUAGUGCGUCUUCUGCCCCAGGUACUGGUGCGUGUGCUCUCUCAAGUACCACGUCCGCUCAGGCCUUCCACACCUUCACCCUUGAUUCGGGUGCUUCCCGCUCCUUCUUUCGAGACCGCACCACGCUUACGCCGCUUAGUCGGCCAGUUGCGGUGUGUCCCAAGUAG